AAACUUCCUGAGUGAGUUUUUGGCAUGGAUCUGAUGGACCUGUGUGUUGCGUUAAUGUGGACUGGUUCCGGGAGAGCUCAGCGAUUCAGGGUUUUCAAGGGAGGGCAACUUGGUUCCUGUUAGUUUCACUUUCACUAAAGAUUGACUUUUAAAACCACAAGCAUCCAGCCUAGUGUGCUCCAGGGGUGCAUUCUUCAUUUCCCCAGAGAAAUAGGUUUAAGAUUCCUAUCAGACCACACGCACACCCCCAACCCCCGGGCUUCCCCCAAGAAAACCUCGGGUUUAAGGCUCAAAGUCACAAAGCUGAGCGGUCACCUGGAAAUGGAGUCAGGUAAUCAAAGGAAUGUUAUUUAAAUGACCAGUAAGUGACUGGGUUUUGCAGUCCUAAAUGGAAGGAAAUUGGGAAGCUGGUUAACCCGUGCUUAUCACAAAAUGAUCUAAAAUGGGUGGUUUUUUUUUUUUUUAAGAAGUGGAGAGUGGAAGUUAUGCUAUACCUGCAGGCAACUCUCAGAAGUAUCUUGCCAUCACCCCACAGCAUAAACCAGCUGUACACAAACUCGCAGGGGGCAGGUCUAUAUAAGACCAGCUCUCUGGACUCCCAUGCAUGUCAAAGGCAAGAGAGGCAUGAAAGGUGUGUGUUUACUAGCCUGGAGACAAGAAAGCUGACUUCAGUAAUAGCAAAAGGUAAUGAGAGGCCCUCAGAUCCCAGAGGACACCCUACAAGAAGAAGUCAGGAUCGUGCUGAAGACCCGGUCUCCAGCAAACAUAGGAAUGAACAGGAAGGUCGCCUAAAGCCUCCACCCAGAGCCUCGGGUUUGAUUCUCGCUAGAAGGGCCGGGAUGACUCGGCAAUGAGAACGAGGCAACGUGGAGAUCACCACCUUUCUCUCCUCUCGCCUUCCUUCCUCUUUCCUUCUCGGCGCCCAGCGAUGGAGGGACUGGACAAUAGGAUCUUCCUUGCACAGACAUUGUCUCAUGUUCACCAGGCUGGCUUCAGACUCACUCUGUAGCCACAGAUGACCCUGAACUUCUGAUCUUCCUACCUCUCUACCUCCCAAGCCCUGAGAUUGCAGCUUCUGCCUCCACCCCUGGUGAUGUGGUAACGGGAUCCAACUCUUGGCUCUGCGUGUUCUCCGUGAGCACUGUCAGCCGAGCAGCAUCUGCAGCCCUGUGUGUGCGAUUCCUCAUUAACGCCUCAUUUGCUGCCUCGUGAUGAUGAGCUGAUGUUGUUGAUCUUUCUUUUUGAAUUUGUUGAGACAGGGUCUCUUUGCGUAACCUUGGCUGUCCCCAGAGCUCACUAAGUAGACCAGGCUGGCCUCUAACUCAUAGAUACCUGCCUGUCUGUCAAGUGCUGGGAAUAAAGGCUCCCUGCAAAACUUUUUUUGAUUACAAUGUUUACGUGAUUAAUGGGUAAAGACAGGUGAGUGUUUUCACCUGUUCUAUGAGAACUCACUGUUCUCCCUAUUUUCUUAAUUGAUACUUGGGACCACUUAAAACCACAAGCUGCAUAGCCUUAACAUUUUAAUUUGUUAGUUGGGCCCUGUUGUCUCUUUCCUUUAAUACCAACACACUUGAGAGGCAGAGGCAGCCGAUCUCUUUGAGUUCUUUAAGGCCAGCCUAGUCUAUAUAGUGAAUUCCAGGAGGGGCCACCUAGUAAGACCCAGAAGUUUCAGAUGUAGUGGUGCAUACUUCUAACACCAGCUCCCAGAGGCCAAGAUGGUAAGAUUGGGGGUUCGAGGCCAGCCUGGAAUAUACAGCAAAACCUUUCUCAGAAAAUAAUGAUUUACAGUGUCAUGCCAGCUAUCCUUAACAUGCUUACGGCUUAUAUGAUCUUGCCAUUCUCAAGUAGCCGACACAAAGUACCUGAAGUGAAUUCUGUGCCCCUCCUGGUCAGUUUGUUGAUAGUAUGAAGUGUGUUUCUACCUCUUAAUUGUCUCAAGAGAAGAAUCCUAGAUGGCAAGUCGAAUGAAGGUAACUUGCAGUUUUUGUGUGUUUGGAGACAGUCCUGUAACAAGCCAUGACUGACCUGGAACUGGCUAUGUAAACCAGGCUGGCCUUGAACUCACAGAGCUCCUCCUGCCUCUGCUUCUGCUGCCCUGGGAUUAAGGGCGUGUACCAUCGCACUUUAACUUUGAGGUUUUGAGUCCCACAUCUGUCAGCAUUUCAUCCAAAGUGUUUAGUAAGGCAAGACCUUUUCUCUACUUAGCUCAGUCCCUGGGGACAUGCAGGUUUCAAGUUUGAUAUUUAUGUUUCCCACCCCCCACUUCUCCCUCCGCCCCAAAAAAACCCACAACACCCUUAGGACAAAGGUGAGACACUGUACAUCAUUAGAGUUUUCCCUUUGGUUGUGAACAAAGAGGACUCAAACUAGAGCUCUCUGUUUUACAUCUACAAGAGUCCUUUAAUUAAUUAUAGGUGUGUGGGUGGCAUUGCAGGGUGGUGUGUGCACAGGCGCAUGCACUCAAACGAAUCUUCCUAUUUAUUUGUUUUCUUUUUUGUUUUGCUUUGUUUUUUGUUUUUUCGAGACAGAGUUUCUCAGUGUAGCCCUGGCUGUCCUGGAACUCGCUCCCUAGACCAGGCUGGCCUUGAACUCAGAAAUCCACCUGCCUCUGCCUCCCAAGUGCUGGGAUUAAAGGUGUGCGCCACCACUGCCCAGCUAUUUAUUUACUUUAGAGGAGAUGUAAUAUUUGUCUUUCUGAGCCAGAGGCGUGUCUUCCUCUUCUGAGUCUCUUUCUUCACAUUCAUUUGUUCAUUGAGACAAGCUUCCCCAUGUAGCAUUGGCCCAUCUGGAACUGACUAGACAUGGCUAGCCUCUGAGGGUUCUGCCUGCCUCAGCCUCCCAAAUGCUAGGAUUAAAGACGGGCCAUCACCAGGCACGGCUGCCUGCAUGAAGGCGAAGGCCUUACUUUUUGAGAUAGGUUCUCUUACUGAAUCUGAAGCCUGCCAUUUUGGCAAGGCAAGCAAGCUGACAGGUAAACUGGGAUCUGCUUGUCCGUUCUGGGGAUUUGAGCAGCCUGCCCAGUUCUUCCAUCUCCCCAGUCAAGUGCUUGGAUCAUUAACAUAUUAAAAAUGGUUUGAGCUUCAAGAAAUGGUAAUUGGUGGAGAUGACAGGGAACUAUGAGGCCCAUCAGAAACUAAACGUAAGCAACCGCAUCUGCAUGUUAAUUUGUCUUAAGUGGUUACAGGUGGUGCUGGCCUCUUGGCUGGCUGGAGCCUGGGCAGCCCAGAGUGCCCAAUAGUUAAAUGAGAUCGCAGAUGUAGGAGGGCUUCCUGCUCCUGCCCUCUCCCCUCCCUACCUCCUCCUUCCAGCCCUCAGGCUCAGCCUUCGGGAAGCCUGCAGUGUUCCUCCCUCCUCGCCAUGGGGGUCGGGGUGGGGGAGAAGGGCGGCACCCUCAGGCGGCAGCUCCCUACAGUACUUCCCCUAUCUUUCUUAAUGCUUGCUGCUCUGCCUAAGGGUGAGUCCCUCCCAGCGCUCUCUCUUCUGUUCUAGCAGUUCCCAGACCCAGCUUGUGCAAAAGAGGGAGCUAAGAGGCACACCGCAGGCACCAUGGUCCGCCUGUUGGCCUCCGAAGUACAGCAGCUACUCCACAACAAGUUUGUGGUCGUCCUUGGGGACUCUGUGCAUAGGGCGGUGUACAAGGACCUGGUGCUCCUGCUGCAGAAGGAUUGCCUGCUCACUAACAAGCAGCUCAGGACCAAGGGGGAGCUGAGCUUUGAGAAGGACCAGCUGAAGAUGGGAGGCGAGCUGGAUACCCUGCACAACCGCACGGACUACCGCGAGGUGCGCGAGUUCUGCUCUGACCACCAUCUGGUGCGCUUCUACUUCCUCACGCGGGUCUACUCUGAGUACAUGGAGAGCGUCCUAGAGGAGCUCCAAUCCGGCAAUCACGCCCCAGAUGUGAUCAUUAUGAACUCUUGCCUCUGGGACGUCUCCAGGUAUGGGCGGAAUUCCUUGAGUAGCUACAAGCAGAACCUGGAAAACUUGUUUGGGCGCAUGGACCAGGUGCUGCCCAAGUCGUGCCUGCUAGUGUGGAACACUGCUAUGCCUUUGGGUGACAAGAUCAAGGCGGCCUUCCUCCCACAGAAGUGUAAGGGCCAGUACCCCCGGAUCUCGGUAGCCACCCUGAAAAGGAAAGUGACCCAAGCCAAUCUCUAUAGCCAUGCGGAAGCAACAAAGCACUAUUUCGAUGUGCUGGACUUAAAUUUCCACUUCCGGCAAGCCAGAAAGCACCUGCAGGGAGAUGGCGUGCACUGGAAUGAGCAUGCGCACCGCAAGCUCUCCUACCUGCUGCUGGCCCACAUGGCCGAUGCAUGGGGUGUGGAGUUGCCCCAGAGAGACUCAUGGGAGCCUGAUUUUGAGGCGUGGGAAAGUUCAGGCCAGGUAGAGGAAAGGCAGCCCCAAGACAACCUAGGACCUCAGGUGUUUGCCCCUUCUCCACAUUGUCCUUUUAGACCACCUCCCCUUCUCCCAUCCCCUGGCUUGCCCAUAAGGCCCCCACCCCUACUAGGAUGUCCCCUGCCCCAGCCCCAGCAGAUGCCCCCAUUCCCACUCUAUCCUCAAGUUUCCUAUUUUUCCUCAGACCCUGUUUUCCAGUCAGAUGAAUUCUAUAUCCAUUCCGAUAGCCCCCCACCUACCCACACUGGAUAUGCCUUUGAGGGCGACUUUAGCUUUUAUCCCCAGCCACCUGUGCCCAACUUCCGCCCACCCUGUCAUCAGCGUCAGGCCCCGGUAGUACAUAGGGGCUUCCCAAGGCAUUUUGCUCGUGGCCCCUAUAGUAAUCCUUGGAGAGACAGACCCAGGCGACCGCCAAAACAUUCUCCAGCCGGCCUAGAGUCAAGGCCCCAGUAGUGUUCUGACUAAGCCUUACCUCUGGAUGGGGCCGUGUGACGUCUGUCUUUUUUUUUUUUUUUUUUUUGUCUCAUUGUUGGUCUAAUACAGUGACCUUGCUAACCCAACCCCAGCUAGUCCUGUCUUGGACUUCUCUUUGUUUAUUGCUGUUAGAAACUGAGGCAGGGAAGAGCAGACUGGCCCCCCUCCUGCUGCCUGAGGCCAUCUCUUCCCCCUAAGUGACCAAGCAAGCAUUCUUACUACCUCCCCCUUGCUAUUCUUGUUGCCUUUUUGUAAAAAUAAAAUUGAAAUACAGAAAUUGUUUCCAAAA